UCAGGGCCCUCGAUGAAAUUACAUAUCAUGUUGAAUCCCUCCUGUGAAUUAUUUGUUUAUUAAAAUCGUUUAAAGCUGAAGGGAUACAGGCGAAUACAGAUAUACUAGUGAAAGAACACAGCACACUAAAAUGCCUAGACCGGUUGCGAUAAAAAGGGAUGCAGGACAAGAGAAGGCUGUGGCAGAUUGGAUAAAAGCAGUAGUUGGUGAGUGGCCUGAGGAUACUCUUUACGAAGAUGUACUGAAGAAUGGUGUUCUACUCUGCAGGUUUAUGAACGUACUGCAGCCUGGUAGUGUUACCAAAAUAAACACGAGCGGUGCAAACUUCAAGCUCAUGGAGAACAUAACAAAGUUACACAAUGCAUUUCUGAACUACGGGGUAGAUCAGGUUGAUGUGUUCCAAACUAAUGACCUGUUUGAGAAACGAGAUCUAGGAGCUGUGACAAACACUAUGUUUGCCCUGGAUAGAGCGGUUGGAAAGCAUCCUGAAUGGACGGGUGCCAGACUUCAAAAAUAAAAAUGCUGAACAAUUUGACCAAAAAAAAAUUUUUAAAAAUAAGUUUUACUUCUGUAAUAUCCCGAGCAUAUUGUUGAAAGAACUACAGAGAUACAAGAAUAUAAUUGUAGACACGACUAUAUAAACAUUGUUUAUUUUAGACACGACUAUAUCAACAUUGUUUAUUUUAGACACGACUAUAUAAAAAUUGUUUAUUUUAGACACGACUAUAUAAACAUUGUUUAUUUUAGACACGACUAUAUAAACAUUGUUUAUUUUAGACACGACUAUAUAAACCUUGUUUUCCGUACUUUUUCUUGUUUGAUUUAACUAUACUUUAAUCUCAGCUAAUUAUUUGAUAGUUUUUUUCAUUUAAAUGAUAUAUUCAUAAUUGUAUUUUGUAUGUACAUAAAAACAAAAAAGUUAAAAGUUAUAAUUUGUCACCAAAAUUUGUACAUUGUAAUUAAAUAAAUCUUUAUUUUCCGGAUAUACUCAUAAGAAAAAAAACAGUAUCAUUGUUACGCUCUAAGAUUUUGAAUUAAAAAAUAUAUAUCUUGGAGCAAUCAUUACUAAAACUUCAUAAUGAUUUAUUUUUUGAUUCUUUGUUUAGUUUUUCUUUGAUUAGGAAAUGUUAAAAUUUAUUCACAUUAAUACAAAUUAAAUUAAAUAUUUGUAACAAAUCGCAAUUCACAAUGUCACAAAAUAAAUAAAUAAGGUUUUAUAGAACAAUUUUUUCUGUUAGAAAAAACAAUACGCAAACAGGUUUUUAAUUGUUAUUUCUCUUGUUUUUCAAUUUAUCUUUCAAAAUAAUAAUGAUAAAAAUGAAUAUC